AUGGUGCAGUCCGGGAUAGUGGCCCCACUGGUGACGGUUCUCGGAUACGGGACGCGCCAGAGCCAGGAGUAUGCUUUGCAGAUCAUGGCGCCCCUGUCGGUCAGCACCUCCACCCAGGCGGCAAUGACCAAAGCUGGAGCAGUUCGGCCCCUCGUUGCGCUCUUAAGCACGAGAACGUCACCUUCCAGCCAGGAGCUUGCCAUUGCUGUCUUAGAGCAGCUUGCCAGUCGCCGGGCGGCUCGAGCAAACAUCGUCGAGGCCAGCGCUGCUCUUCCUCUUGUCCAUCUGCUCAUCGGGGGCAACAUGGCCACGAAGGAUUUUGCUGCAGGAGUGCUCGCGCGGCUAGCUGAAGACUCAGCCAGCCAUGAAGCCAUCCGCAAGGCCAAACCGGGCCGGCCACUAGCGAAACUCCUUGGCAACGGCAGCCUGCGCGGCCGGGAGAACGCGGCCAGAGCCAUGGCCAGUCUUGCGACGAACGAGGCGAACCACGAGGAGCUGGUCUCGGCGGAAGCCAUCCCGAUGUUGGUUGGGGUGCUUACAACUGGCAGCCCGGAUGCCCAAGCCUUUGCUGCGGGGACUUUGGAAAAUCUCGCGAUCCGAAAGGAGCGUCAGAGAGACAUCCUUGGGGCCGGUGCUGUGGAGCCACUGGUCCUCCUCCUGUCAAGUGGCACGGCGAAAGCCAAGGAGAACGCUGCUGGAGCUCUCGGCAACCUAGCGGUGAAUGGCGACCAGAUAAGCUGGGAAUGCUGA